AAGCAACAUUUUAUCAACAUUUAACAUUUAAUAUUUAAUAUUUUAUCACACAUUCUCCCUCAAUGACCAUGUUCACAUUUAUUACUUUGUAACUUUAUACAUUUCAGAUAAGGAGUAUUUCAUCCGCAGACCUCCUCACUGCAUCUUCAUGUCUUUCCUGUGGAGGGCAGCAGCCUGUUGUUUAUAAAAGUCAUGACCCGCCUUACGCUGCCUCUGAUUGGCUUACCCUAACAUUCUUACCCUAACUCUGACCAAUCACACUCCUCCUGACUAAGCGCUGACCAAUCAGAGGCAGAGUAGGGCGGGUCGUGAUUUCGCCAUCCUAGGAAUAAAUACAUAUCGCGUCCGGGUCACACAGGUGUUUUAAAAUGACGGAGGGAAAUGUUUAGUUUGAGCUUUCACUGUAGUUUUCAUGAGAUGCUGUAUUCAUAGACAAUAUGCAGCACAAUGUAGCUAAAAUACAACGUCAGAUCAGUCUUAGUUUCAUUUAUUAUAUCCUCUUUUAAGGACGAGACUGAAGUUUGUGUCCAUGAUGCAAAAACCAGAGGAUGACAGCUCUCACCAGUCUCUCGUUUUCUUUGAUUUAGAGACAACUGGAUUGGGUCAGAGCUGUGAGAUCGUCCAGCUGGCUGCAGUAAGUGGAGAUCACUACCUCAACCUCUACAUCAUCCCUCGGUGUCGAAUGCAGCGAGGAGCAGCCAAAGUGACGGGCUUCAGGGUCCGCAGAAAAAGGCUGUACCUCCAUCGCCAGCUCGUCCUCACCAACUCCCUCCGAGAGGUCCUGAUGUCCUUCAUCGCUUUCCUUCAAAUGCUCGGACGUCCACUGGUCCUCGGCCACAACAUCCGUCGCUUCGACUGUCCGCAUUUGGCUCGAGCUCUCGACGAACUGGACCUCAGGGCAGAGUUUGAGUCCUCGGUCUCAGGAUACGUUGACACCCUGCCGCUGGCCAGGGAGCUGCUGAAGGACCGCGGCCUCCAGAGCUUCAGACAGGAGAACCUGGUCAAGGAGCUGCUGGGUGUGAACUACAAGGCUCAUGAUGCUUUGGAGGAUGUGCGGGCGUUACAGGCGCUCUACAGCGUGCUUCAGCCCACACCAGAGUUGAUCAACAGGCAUUUAUUUACUCUGAACACCAUGGAGAAGACACCAGCUGUGACAGAUGCCAAAGUGAAAUGUAAGCUGCCAGGACAGCGCCCCCUAUUGCAGCACUUCAAACAGGCAGUGAAAGUCACAAGAGGCAAAGCAGAGGAGCAUGAGAGAAGUUGA